AGAGACGAAACAAGACGAUUCUUCUCCUCUCUUUCUUGUGAGGAGAGAGAGAAAGUUGUUCGUGUUGUGAGAGAUUAAGUCAAGGAGAGAGAACACAGCCAUCUCUGUGUCCACCAGAUUCUCUCACAGAAGUGCUUUUUCCUUGUUCCUGCUUUUUUCUGCAGCAGAAGCCUGAAAGCUUUGAGCUUUUGAUUCAAAGUUCCAGCCUUUGGGGUUCAGUUCUCAGUUUUUCUCAUUCUUGCAUACCAGCAGUAAGGUUCAUCGAGUGAUGGCGAAUGUGAACAUUAAGCUGAAUGGGCUCAAAGUUCUCCUUAUGUGCACAUGAUGUUCCUAAAUGUUGGCAAUGAAGAAUAAAGUUGAGGGAGUGCCUAAGAAGACACUCGUUGGCACACUUAAUAUAAUGAACAUGCACCCUGCUCUAUUUACUUAAUGAUCAGAUGCGAACCAGAUGAGUGAAUUUGGGGCUUCCAAAGCUACGUCUUCAUCAUUUCCGCGUCUCCAUACCCAUCUUGUCGACAAGUGUUCCAAUUUGCCGGAUUCUUUUCAGGUUUCUUCACAAAGGGAGAAGACUAUAUACUCUAUGUUACCGCAGGCUUCUUCCCCUGGGAACUUAUUUUCAUCAUCUUCUAGGCCCAAUGACAUUCAUAUUUCUUCAGUUCCCUCUUGUGAACGGCGUCCCCAAAACUCUCCAUUCAUUUUUAAAUCACAAGUUGAUGAAAACACUGAAAAGUCAUUGUCACUGCCCUGUUCUUCUAAUUCUCCCCUGUCAGAAGUGCAACCUACAACGUUGAUUGGUUACCCUGAAGAACACAGAGAUAUUUCUUGGUGCCCAGAUUCACUUCAGGAAUUUCUUCACUUCUCUGAAAAUGUCCCUGACCAGAAUGGCCUGGUGGAUAGUAGUGCCGGUGUCAUAACAUCAGAGGAACAUGCUGGAAAGACCAAUUGGUCUGAUUGGGAUCCCUUAAUUUCGUUUGAUGACACUCUGGUCCCAAAUUGGGAGCUUCCCGUUGAUGUUGAUGCAAUUGAUCCUAAACCAAAGGAGUUGUCAAAACCAUAUUCUGAUAUCCGAGUGCAGCAGCCCCCGGUUCAACAACAUCAGCUCCAGGUUCAACAACAUCGACCCCAGGUUCAUCAGCAUCAGCCAUUACAAUCUCUAGAAUUUCGUUCUAGUCCUGAACCGUUGUCCAGCGCACCUCCAACCAAAGCCAGAAUGCGUUGGACGCAAGAACUUCAUGAAGCCUUUGUGGAAGCGGUCGACCAUCUUGGUGGUAGUGAACGAGCUACCCCUAAGGGUAUCUUAAACCUCAUGAAAGUUGAAGGAUUGACAAUCUAUCAUGUAAAAAGCCAUUUGCAGAAAUAUAGAACAGCAAGAUACAAACCGGAGUCAUCAGAAGGAUCAUGCGAGAAAGUUUCAACUCCAAUUGAAGAAACCAAUCCCCUAGACAUGAAAGGGAGCAUGGGUAUUACAGAAGCUUUGCGGUUGCAGGUGGAACUCCAGAAGCGGCUUCAUGAACAACUUGAGAACCAAAGAAAGCUGCAGUUGCAAAUUGAAGAACAAGGGAAGUGCCUUGAGAAGAUGUUUGAGCAACAGAGAAAAUUUGAGGACAACAGGGUCAAGUCUGGAUCAUCCACCGUGGAUGACCACUCUACUCCGCUAUCAAACAUCGCAUGUUCUUCCCGUGGAGACGAUAAACCAGAAACCUCCAAACAUCACCCUGAUAAAACAGCGAUCAGCACACCCUUAGAAAAUGGUUCACAAGAUGCAAGUAGCAAGGCACAAGAACAUGAAUGUCCCGAGGAUCCAGAUGGUGUCGAGUCUGGUGCCCUGCGCACAAAACGAGCCAGGAAUGGAUCGAAUAAACAGAAUUCUCAGGAGUUGUCUCGACCGACCCAGUAAACUUGGAUAAGGAGCAUGUGUGAGUAUAUUAUUGUAGGACAAACCAAGCUGAUCGAAAUCGGAGUCUGAAGGUCUCUUUAUGCUGUUAUGUAAACCUGGACAAACUUGUUUUGCUGUGUCCAAAAGUGAAGGCUCUAGUUUUGCAGCGUCCAAAAAGAAUCAUGAGUUUACUUUUUAUGCUUAUGACUCUUAGAUUUAAUAUUGUUCAAACUUAAUCAUGUUUUUCUUUUCUUAACUAUGAUUAUCGGCA